AUGGCAUCUUCAUCAUCAACAUCAUUAUCUUUGUCUUCAAAGAUAUGGAAAUAUGAUGUGUUUCUUAGCUUUAGAGGAGAAGACACUCGCAAGAAUUUUGUAGAUCAUCUCUACUCUGCUCUUGAACAAAGCGGAAUACGAACUUACAAGGACGAUGUAACACUUCCAAGAGGUGAUUCCAUCGGCCCAUCCUUGUUUAACGCUAUCCAAGAAUCUCAGAUUGCUAUCAUCGUAUUCUCUGAGAACUAUGCCGAUUCUUCUUGGUGUAUGGAUGAGCUUGCACAUAUUAUGAAAUGCAGGGAUGAAAAGGGGCAGAUGGUUGUCCCCAUAUUUUAUGGCGUGGAUCCCUCUGAUGUUAGAAAACAGAAAGAUAAGUAUGGAGAAGCAUUUUCCAAACACGAGCUGUCAGAAAACAACUACCAAAAAAUUGCAUCAUGGAGAAAAGCACUCUUUGAUGCAAGUAACAUUGCUGGAUGGGAACCCAGGCUGGUAGCCAACGGGCAUGAAGCAAAAUGUAUCAAAGAGAUUGUUGGUUCACUUUUAGACAAGUUGUCAUCCUUAGAUUUAAUCAUUCAUGAUGAAAACCUUGUUGGAAUGGGAACUCGAUUGCAAGAUUUAAAAUCCCAUUUAAGAAUUGGGUCAGGUGGUGUGCGAAUGGUUGGGAUAUGGGGGGUUGGGGGCGGUGGUAAGACUACUCUCGCAACUUCUCUUUAUAUGGAAAUCUCAGCUAGUUUUAAUGCUUGUUGUUUUGUUGGAAAUAUUCGGGAGGAAUCCAGCCAACACAAUGGUUUAAAAACUCUGCAAGAAAAAGUUCUAUCAUCUGCUUUUGACAAAAAGUUUGAAGUGCCAAGUCUUGAUAUAGGAAAACACAAGAUUAAACAUAUGUUAUGUCGUAGGAAGGUAUUGAUUGUUCUUGAUGAUGUCGAUGACCAUGAACAACUGGAGGCGUUAGCUGGAUCACAUGAUUGGUUUGGUGACGGGAGCAGAGUAAUAAUCACAACCAGGAAUAAACAGGUGCUAAUAUCUCACAGGGUAGACGUGGUCUGUCCGGUUAGUUUAUUAUCACUUGAUGAAGCUAUUCGGCUUUUUAGAAGAAAUGCAUAUGAUGAAAAUAAACCUUUGGAAGAUUAUGAUAAGCUUUCUGUACGUGUGAUCUCUUACGUUGAUGGGCUCCCGUUGGCACUUAAAAUCUUAGGAUCUAUUCUUUAUGGCAAAGAUAAGAAUGAGUGGAUUAGCAUGUUGGACAAGUUAAAACGCAUCCCGCCGCGAAAGGUCAUGGAUCAACUCAAAAUAAGUUACGAUGGCCUAGACAACGACGAGAAAGAUUUAUUCUUAGAUAUCGCGUGUUUUCAUAGGGGAAAAAAGAAAGAUGAGGCAACUAGGAAACUCGAUGCGUGCGGUUUUUACCCGGGUAUAGGCGUAGCUGUGUUGAUACAAAAGGCUCUCCUUACUAUUUCUUCAAAUGGCUGUUUUGAUAUGCAUGACUUGGUUCAAGAAAUGGGACAUGACAUUGUUAGAAGAGAACAUCCCAACAAUCCUGAAAAACAUAGCAGGGUUUGGAGAACGAAUGAGAUUGCAAACAUGUUUUCUGAAUAUGCAACAACGGAAAAUGAUAAGAUUGAAGCCAUACGAUACGUUUGUCAUGAUUAUUCACCA